UACAGACCAGGUAUCGAGGGUAGCGGUCGACUGGAGUUUCAGUGUAUUAAACGUAAUUGCAGCUAACAAAGUUAGGAUGAUGCUCAUAGCACCUCUUGGAGUUAUCUUCCAUCAAAAUUUUUGGGCUGCAAUAUAUUGC